UUGUCGUACUCAAGAAGUCUUGUCCUGGUCUUGGAUUUCUUGGUGGCCACAACUGAGGCUGAGCUUCUUCAGACCCAUAACUCAAGCCACACCGGGCCCCUCUAUAUGAUAUCGUCGCUCAGGCAAGCAUCACAUUAUAUAUAAGUAUUAACUAUCUUCCCACGAUAAUAAGCGGGCAAGGAAUUCAUACGAACAAUGCAUAAAUAUCGACGUCAAGCCAGAAACCUGGCAUGGUAUGACCAGGAUGGAGAGGCAUCAACUCACAACCCGUUCAAGAAAUUUCGACGUCAACGGCCGCGCCGAACGGAUUCUAUCCAGCUCGAGAGCAAACUUACUCCUAUCCGCACUGCAGGGGAUGUGCGCCUCGACGAGGAGCGUCGCCGGCGGAAGGAUAUGACAGAAGGCUUGGUAGGCCCAGAGCAUGCAGAUAGUUUCCCACCAGAGUCCUCUGGGACCGAUCAGGUUACUCCCGAUAGAGCGGGACGUGAGCCGUCAAUGCACAGCAAUGAACCCAUCAACAUCUCAGCCCAAACUGGGCUGGAUGAAGAUCAGAUGGGAGGGCCUCGAAAGAGGAGGACCUUCGCGAGCGGAUUUGGGGAUAGAUCCCUAAAUGGGGACAUCGAAUCGAACUCGGCAAACGAUGCCAACGAGAAGCCGAAGUUUACGGCCAUGGGACAGUUGAAAGCGACUCUGUUCAAUUCCUGGGUCAACAUCCUUCUGCUUGCUGCUCCAGCUGGAAUUGCAUUGAAUUAUGUCGAUGUUGAUCCAGUUGCUGUGUUCGUGGUGAACUUCAUUGCUAUUAUUCCUCUCGCAGCUAUGUUGGGUUACGCGACAGAAGAAAUUGCCAUGCGCACUGGCGAAACAAUCGGUGGCCUACUCAACGCAAGUUUUGGUAAUGCCGUUGAACUAAUUGUGGCUAUCAUUGCGCUGGUCGACGAUGAAGUCACGAUCGUACAGACUUCCCUAAUUGGAAGUAUGCUCUCGAACCUUCUCCUCGUUAUGGGGAUGUGUUUCUUUUUUGGAGGUGUCAACCGCUUGGAGCAGCAUUUCAACCCGGUCGUUGCCCAAACAGCAGCCAGUCUUCUAGCGUUGGCAGUGGGAUGCUUGAUUAUUCCCACUGCCUUCCACACCUGGUCAGGUGCGGGCAACAGUGGUGUCGCAGAGCUCUCACGAGGAACCAGCAUUAUUAUGCUGGUCGUGUACGGAUGCUAUCUGUUCUUCCAGUUGGGGUCGCACACGGAGAUGUACAACAGUCCGAGUCCCAAAGUUGAGAAGAGACGUGUUAAAGUGAACGAGGGUGACACCCAUCGGGGAAUUGCACAGAUAGGCAAAAUGACUGCCACCCUGGCGGGACAGAACGCACAGCAAUUGAAACUGCAAGACCCGGACGAGGAAGAGGAAGAACCUCAGCUAAGCAUUUGGGUGGCUGUGCUAACCCUGGCUAUCUCGACGGCCCUGGUCGCGCUUUGCGCUGAGUACAUGGUUGAUUCUAUUAAUGCGAUUACGGACCGUGGCGGUGUCUCCAAGACCUUUGUUGGACUGAUUCUCCUCCCAAUUGUAGGCAACGCGGCCGAACAUGCCACGGCCGUGACGGUGGCAUGCAAGGACAAGAUGGACUUGGCAAUUGGCGUGGCCGUAGGGUCCAGCAUGCAAAUCGCGUUGUUGGUGCUUCCGUUGAUCAUUGUGAUUGGAUGGGGCAUGGGCAACAAUGACAUGACUUUGUACUUCGACGCCUUCCAAGUGAUUCUGCUAUUUGUUGCCGUCCUGCUGGUAAACUAUCUCAUUGCCGACGGUAAAUCCCAUUGGCUCGAGGGCGUCCUCCUGAUGAUGAUGUACUUGAUCAUAGCCGUGGCAGCUUGGUUCUAUCCCACCAAGACUGAUGAACAGAUGAAAGCAUGAUACGAAGACAUUCGAAGACUUCUGAUAUUGCCAUCCAAUAUAUGAUGAUACUACUAAUUUGAAUUGACCCGACGUUGAUUAUGUUUCUGCCAUACGCUGUUGAAUCACUACAGAAUGCUAUACGAUAGUGGAUACCUCCUAACUCCCACCCGUUCAUAAGACUCUAAACCUACAGAGUAACAUCCGAGAAUACCCAUCACACCACGCACACACAGACCCCCUCCACCUGCCCAGCAGCUUCCUGAACAUCUCUUCUCACCUCUCCAAAGACACGGUAAGGUAGCACUUCGUAUACUCCGUACAAGAAAACGAAACCCACACGCGCCAAUUUAUUACCAAAUACCUCGGCAGCAACUGCCUAUAAUACCAAUCUAUCAACACGUGCUGCCUACCCCACAAAACACUAAAUCUGCAUUUCUCCAACUGUUGCCCAGAAGAGUUACAGAGCUAAAAAAGCAAUCCGCAUCGGAAAAAUCCCCCCCCCCCCUCUUCGGUCGCCUCCUACGUUUCCGCUCUCACACAUGGGGGCCGUUGGGUUUAGCGCUUACGAAGAAGCUCCGUUCCGCCGUUCACUUAUCGGUAUUCGCCGGGGCAAA